AUGUCCAGCACUGGAUCCCAGUUUGCCGUAGAUAUCCCCGUGACAGACCUGGACGAGGACAUUGAUGACUUUAGAAUCCCCGUUGAAGAGUUGGACAAUGACUUUGACUCUAGAAGGUCACUCGAUCUAAGGGACUUGAAUUUUGACAGUAACAACAGUGGUGUUUUCAGAAGAGGCUGGAAGGCACUAUCAGGGAUUUUCUCCCGACAGGGGAAGUUCACUAGGCUACCACCGCCUGCAAGCGACGAUAUUGAAAUGAUCAAUAGAGCAGCUGCAAACAUUGGUGAUUUGGAAUUUGAUUUUGAUCAUGUCCCAUACAGGCGCAAAAGUGGGGGUUGUCUCAAACAGAAAGUAUGGAGGUACGUUGGCGCCGUUUGCUCAUCAAAAGUGUUGAUUCUCCCAUUGGUUGUAUCUGUAAUAGGGUUGACCAUAGCGGUGUUCAUCUUAAUGAGACAUGGCAAUAGAGACGUUUUAGAGUAUCCAGGUAAUAUCGAUGGUUCAAUCUCAAGGGAAAACAAGCUAACACUGCUAUUUUCAGUUGCUGGAUUGCAUCCGCAUUUUAUAUCGUCAGAGUUAAUGCCAUUUCUGACAAGUAUAUUAGAUUCAGAGUCGUCCUUGUUCACCCCCUUUAUGGUGCAAAGUAACCCUGUACUAAGUGACACCAACUUAUGGACAAUUGCAACGGGCUUGACCCCAGCGCACAAUGGAUAUAUUGAUGACGAUUUCUAUGAUCCUGCACUGGGGGAAUAUCGUAUGGAAUUCAAUAGUAAAUGGUUGUUAGGAGAACCUAUUUGGAAAACAGUAGCCCAACAGUAUUCAAAAGCAUUUACUUUUAACUGGGUCAUUCCAGACGACGAAGAACCAGAUCUUCAUUAUACCUUUGAGGACCAUGGUGACGAUCAGUUGGAAGAUCAACUGGAACGGUUAGAAGAUUUAUUGACAAAUCGUAAAGACACCAAGAUAAAUUUACUACUGUCGCAAAUAACUUCCCUUGAAUACUCAAUAAAAGAAUACGGAUUGGGUCAUAAGAAGACCCGGAAAAUGAUCAAAAAAAUCGAUAAGUUUAUCGAAAAAGUAUAUAAGCUUUUAUUGAAAAAGAAAUUGAAAGAUUUAACAAAUGUCAUCAUCACGUCAAAUGGUGGCUAUGCUCCAGUUACUGAAGAUAGGAUUAUCCGGUUAGAUUCUUUGGUAGAAAUGGUGUCGGAUGUUCAACGAGUUGUUGGUACUACGAUAAAGGGAAUAUACCCAUCCGAAUCUAUUGAUGCAAAUGAUUUAUAUUUGAAACUGAGGGAAAACUUAAAAAAUCAUCCUUUAAGGAAUUACUUCAACGUCUACCGAAAGAAACACGCCGGCUCGGUAAUAUACGGUGAUGAAAGUGAAAGAAUAGCUCCUAUAAUAAUUGCACCUACCCCUGGGUAUUUGAUUGAUGGAUCAGCAGGGUUUAAGUCUGGCUACUUACAUGACGAAGCGAUGAUGAGGUCUGUUUUCGUGGCAACUGGUCCUUACUUUGGCCAAUUUGCAGGUAUCGUUGAACCUUUUGACAGUGUCCAUCUCUUCAAUAUGAUUUGUCGGAGUUUGGGUAUCACACCAACACAAAACGACGGCCAUGAGUCAUUUCUAACAGAUAAGGCCAACUAUAUCCAUAACUAUGAAUGGGUAGAUAUGAAGGGGUAUCCACAUGUUAACUUUGAUUUUGAGUACAUCAAGGAGAAGUCGUAUAUAGAAACCAAAUUCAAAACCGCCUCAAAGCCUGCAGAUGUCCUAAAUCCAUCACUGGGGACAGACGAGACCCCACAAAACAUAAACAGAUUAAAGCCCAUAUUUUCAAAGCCUCUUGAUACAUCGGAUGGAACCGAUAGUUCGGAUACUGGCCCACCUGAAAACAACACUGGAGAGGACGGAGAUUAUAACAAUCAACUUAACGAAGUUUCUGAAGAUGGGAAUACAGGGGAUUCCACAACAGAGAGUAGUGCGCCAGACAUGGGGGAUGAUAAAGUCGUCUCGGAAACUGGUACUAUAGAAAAUAAAGAGGGUGACAAUGAAGAAGGAACUAAAACCUUGGAUGAGGCUGAAAAUGAAGAAGAGAGUGAGGACGAAAUUGGAACAGGUGAAGACGGAGAAAACGAUAGAGAGUCGUGGUGGAAGACGAUCAAGGGAAAGAUCGAAAACACGGUGGAUGAUCUCAAAGAGGAUUUUGACGACUUUGUCGAACAUAUCCACAGCUCACAUGAUGCCGAUUCUGACACGUAG